UGGCGCGCAGACUGCAGGUACUGUCAAAAGGAGACCCUGAGCUGGGGUCAAGGUGGGGCUCCUGGCGGCUCGGCCCCCGCCCUAGACUGGACUGAGGAGCCAAGUCAAGGACCGAGCGGAGGUGUUAAGGGCCAGACAGAUCGAGGCCGGCGAUGGAAGGGAACGCCCCGGAUGGCACCGGCCCCGUGCACGUCCCAUUUGGGCACAUUGUGGCCAAUGAGAAAUGGCGUGGGUCGCAGCUGGCACAGGGAAUGCAAGGGAAAAUUAAACUCAUCUUUGAGGAUGGCCUGACACCGGUAGAUUUUUACUUACCUAGCAGAUCCUGCAUUCUUUAUAUCACCGAAGCUGAUUUAGUGGCAGGAAAUGGCUACAGAAAGAGACUUGUCCGAGUUAGAAAUUCCACUAAACUUCAAGCAAUCGUAGUAGUUGAAAAAACGCAGAUGAGUGAACAGUACUUUCCAGCUGCACAGAAAUUUACUGUCCUGGAUCUUGGGAUGGUGUUGCUUCCAGUGGCCAACCAGAUAGAAGCGGCCUGCCUCAUUACCCAGUUAGUUCAAGAACAAACCAAAGAGCCCAGCAAGAACCCUGUUCUCAGGAGGAAGCGGGCUGUGAUCUCUGAGCCAGCCCUCCUUCGAACUGUGCAACGGAUCCCAGGAGUUGGAAAAGUGAAGGCUCCCCUCCUGCUCCAGAGGUUUCCAAGUAUCCAGCAGCUCAGCAAUGCUUCCGUCCAGGAACUGGAGCCAGUGGUCGGACAGGCAGUGGCACGGCACGUCCAUGCCUUCUUCACCCAGCCCAGGUGACCACUCGUCUCAAAGCACCUCCUUUACACCGUGGACCAGACGGCAGGAUCUGGCUUUUGCUUUAAGGACAAAAAAAAAAAAGAUUUCCUCCCACAGCAACGAGGGAAAGAUGAGGUACAGCCUGUGUGGAACCUGCCUGUUGUCUUGUCCUGCCCUGCUUUCUGAACUCAGACAUUUCAGUUCGUGGGCCCCGAAGGGCCCUAGGGCCCUGCCCUCACCUGCCAGCAUGCAGAGCGCUGGUGGGCAUCUUCCUAAGGGCUUAAAUAUGGACCCUCAAAUUCUGCAAAAAGCCAGCCUGGGCAGAUUUUAAUGUGUGAUCUUGACCUGUAGGGAUCAUGGAAGGUGAUGGUGUCUAAAGGAAACAAACCUACAAUGAAGCACUGUGUACCCUAAGCCCCUUGUUCCUGCUGGCGGAGCCACCGUUCUUCAGGUCCAGCCUGAAUGCACCUGUGCUUUGUGGGUGGCUGCCAGUGUAAAUAAACAAUUGUACUGCC